GUGGCGGACUCCGGUGGGCGGAGGCGAGCACGUGGUCAGGGAGGGGCCCCGCGCCCCGCGAUCACGUGAUGUUUGGGUGCCGGCGGCACGGCGCGGGCGCGCGGCGGCAGAGAAGCCACUGAGACAACAAGCUUUUGGUCUGUUGUGCCUCUGCUGCCUUGUGCCAAACCAGUGGCUCCACAUCGCGAGGGAAUAGAAGCGUGGUGCAUGUGAUUUCUGGCAGUAUCUGGAUUUGGCACAGCAGUGGUCUGUAAGAGUGAGCUGAGAGACUGUGCCUGGAAGCUGUCCCCAGAAUGAGCCGUACCCCAUCAUGGUUUAAAAUACAAUCCCGCAUCCACUGCUGUCUAAAAAAUGUCUUAUGGAUCCAUUGAUGGGAGUGGAUUUGGGAGGAACCCAUUUGGAGGCCCUUCGAGACAAGGCUAUCAACCUCUCGCCACCCAGAUUGAUCCCAGUGAACUACAGGAACUUUUUCAGGAGACUUCAGCCAAUGUCUUCCGAAUUAACUCCAGUGUGACUUCUCUGGAAAGAAGUCUUCGAUCUCUGGGGACCUCCAAUGAUAAUCAAGAACUUCAGGAUGGACUGCAUGCAAUCCAGCAAGAGACUAACAAAACCAUCACGACUAGCACCAAAGCCAUCAAGCAGCUGUCUGAGGUUGUCAGAGGCUCAUCCAGGCAAGAACGACUUCAGCUGGAUAGGCUGAAGAACCAGCUGUCUGAUGCUAUCCAAAGAUACGGAGCUGUGCAGAAGAAAAUAGCAGAGAAAUCCAAAGCUUUGCUUCCUACUGGGCAGAGAAGUAGCAAACAACAGAGCCCUAGGACUCCCUUCUCUGACUUAGCUGACGAUGAGAAGAUCUUUAAUGGAGGAGAUGGCACGUGGCAAAACCAAAGUCAGGAUCAAGCCUUGCUCUCGGAAAUCACAGAGGAGGAUCUGGAGGCCAUCCGUCAGCGGGAGGAGGCCAUUCAGCAGAUUGAGAGUGACAUGCUGGAUGUGAACCAGAUCAUUAAAGACCUGGCCUCCAUGGUGCAUGAGCAAGGAGACACAAUAGACAGUAUUGAAGCCAACAUUGAAACUGCAUCUUCUAAUGUAGAAUCAGCCAAUGAGCAGUUGGCAAAAGCAAGUCAGCACCAAACCCAAAGAAAACAUUUUGGUGUGAAUAACUGUAAAGCAAAUGGAGAACUAAGUGGAUGGAGGAGUUCCCUGGCACUUCCAGGCACCUGUCUACGAGCCAGGAAGAUGAAGUGCUGCCUCCUCUCUGCUGCUGUGGCCGUUCUGCUGUUCAUCGUCAUAAUCAUUGCAGUCUCAGUCAAACGUUGAUCUGAUGACUGUUUCCACAGAGUCUGUGAUCACCCCGUGAAGUGGAAUGGAUUCUCAAGGCAUUUCACAUUCAUUCCCUAUGUCAGUGUCUGCUUUGCUGAUCACGGUGUGUUGAAACUGCUAUAACCAACAAACACUAAUUGUAUGGAAGAAAAGCUAAGUUUAAUGCCAUGUAUCAGUAUAAUUGUGAAUAAGUUUUCCUGCUAUUUUUUUUUUUAACCCCUAGUUGAAAACAUGUUUUACCGAGCGUUUUGGAUUUUAAUUGUGCCACCUUUGUAUCUGGAGAAUGUUAUUUUUUUGCCUCCAGAUCUGAUGUUCUGUGCGUUGUAACAUACAUAGCUGAGAAUUUAUUUUUAUUGUUUGUGUUUUUAACAUUCUCCUGACUUCUAGCUCUGCUCAUUAGAAACUAUGAAAGUCAAUGUGCUUUGUUUGACUCUUCUGUGAUUAUUUUUGUAUAUUUUAAAUAGAAUCCAGCUCAGAUUCUCAUUUCUGUGCACUGCUGCUUUAUAAUUUGCUCUGGCAAAUAUGAGCUAAAUUAUUUCAAAAUUACAUGAGUAAAUUACAAACAAUCAGCAAGAUACUUAUUGGAUUCUAUGACUGUAUACUUACUUGAUACCACUGUAAGCAUAGAACAUAUUUAUUUAUUUAUAAGAAACACUAGUGAAAGAGCAAGACAAACAUUAAGACAUACUGUGAUCUCUUCUUUGAAAAUGAUCUGUAAUGUGUUAAAAAAGUCAAGCAAUGCAUUUCAUGAAAAAUAUAAAAUUCUGUAUUUGAUUUGAUCUCAUAGGUUUCAACACAUUCACCAUUUGGGAUUUUGUUCCAUUUUCACGCACAAUAUAUUCUGCUGAAAACAUGAUUGAAAAUGCCAUUUAAAUUCAUCUUUAAAUGUGUCAUGUAUUAUAAAUGCAGUUCUCCUCCAGUAAAUAAAGCAUUUCAAAAGUGGUUUUAAUUAAAAUGUCAUAGGAAGUAUUGAAGAGAUUUUCACAAAAUGAUAUGGUUUUUUAUUCUUCAUGAAAAGUCACAUCUUUUACCAAAGCAGUGUCUCACCAUAAAAUACAGUACAGCAAAAUACAUUAUAAUAAAAUAAGCUAGCUCUCAAUGAAAUGUGGGUUUGAUUACUAUGAAGGUUUAGAAAAGAAUAACAAAUAAUAAGGUAUAUUCUUACCUGCACAGAUUUAAAUUACAUGCUUCCUUACUAAAAAGCUAAAAUAGUAAAGGUUAAGCGUUGAAAAUGCUCAGCAAAAUCUUGCAGGUACUUAAGCUCAUUCAGGGUCAGAAGUGCAAAGCUUAAUUAGGUUUGGGAGGGAAACAGAAGUCAGAGUUUUGGGGUUGUUGUCCUUGCUGGGUUUUGUUUGCUUGUUUGUACUCUUUUCAUCUAUCCAGCAAAGUCAACAUAACUGGAUCAUUAUAAUAUUAUUGUUCCAGUUGAAAGGGACCUGAAAGGUCAUCUAGUCCAAACACUUGUUAUUAUGAAAAGCAUAGUAAUAGGAUGAUAGUUUUUUCGUUUUUUUUUUCCAAGCAAGUUGAGUAUUGUUCUGAAAUUACAAAUGUUACCUGCUGCUCUACCUUCGCACAGAGUGUUUGCUGUUGAAGUGGAGCUCCCUGUUUAUUUCCAGCACAACCUGUGGGCUGCCACUAUCAGCAAAACUGGCAAAUUCUCUAGUGAUGAAAAUGAUUUUCAUCUAGUCACUAAGAGCUGAAGUGAACCUAGCUCAAAGCUGAUUGCAAGCAAAUAUUUUGGGAGCCUCAAGUUGCAUUUGAACAAGAGAUUCCAAAUGAAAAUCCCUGCCCAUUCACUAAUCCCAUUCAUUAGAGGCUCGGUGAUUACCUCAUUAGUAUGAUGCAGUGCAGAAACUGGUGGAGCUUACAACGAGCCAGCUAACACAGCUGAUGCAUUUGGCACAAAUGACUCAGGUAAAGUAUUUCUCUGCUGAAACUAUAGAUGCUUUCUGGCUUAGAAAAAGCAUGAAGAAUCCACAUCGUAACAUAACAUAUUAUAGACUUUAUUUUAAUAGCAGAUGCUAGUUUAAUAUAUAUAUUCCAUUAUGUUGCUAUAAAACAGUAUGUUCUUGAAGAAUGUAUGUUUCUCUUCCCACAUCACAAGCACAUUUGCCUUCUCCUACCUCAUAGCAAAUAUAUCCAACAAAGCUGUUAAACAGCUGUUUAUGCUGUUCAUGUUGGUGCCCCUUUAUAUGAAAAUAUUGUGGGCACACGGGCACAGUUUUAUUCUUUUUUUUUAAAAGAACAUACAAACAAACACCAAACUCAACACCUCCCAGAAGCAGGAGCUUCAGUUUGGACAUAUCCCCCUGACAAACCCUGGAGAGGGGGUUAGUGUGAAAACGGAAAAAUCCUAACAAAGCUGUUUUUCAUGGGCUCUGUAAGCUGGCAACAGAGGAAAAAAACUUAAAAAUCUUAAUGAAAGAAAUUAAAAGCAGGCAUAGCAGAAACAGAGCAAGCUAAACACCAAAUUCAAUUAUUAAGUUGUCAAGUCCUCUUAUUUAGAAGAGGAAUAGGAAACAGUUUUUGUCUUAUGGGCAAGUGUGAGCAAGAUAAAAGAGUCUUGUAUGGCAUGUUGGUUACUGUCACCUAGAUAAGCCAUUCAGAAGCCAGUAAAAUUUCUCAGAUCUGAAGUCUUUAGAAAGGUGAGCUCUUCCCCAAAGACAGGUCUGUAGAGGUGUCACAGCUGGAACAGCUGUACCUACCAUUAAUCAUUCAACAAAUUUUUGACCUUUUGGCAAUGCAUUUUUAUAGGAUGCAUAAAUCAGUUGUCCUGGGAAUAUGAUUGCUUAAGCUAGCCAGAAGGAAGUCCUGAGGAGCUUUAUAUGUCUUAACCCACACAGUGCUGGACAUAAAAACCAUUCUACAAAUUCACCUCAAGGUUCUGUAUCACCUGGCAUUCAGUUUCCAACAGUGGACAUAAAUAGGCACCUAAAGAAUGGAAAGUGUACCUAUGAUAAUUUCUCCCUAAUAGUCACUCAGUCUUUAUUCUUAAUUUCUCUGUGAUGGGAAUUUGAUGAGUUGAUGGUUAGACUAAAUGAUUUUAAUGGUCUUUUCCAACCUUAAUGAUUCCAUGAUUCUUUGAUUUCCUGAUGGGUAAUGUAUCCUGUGUAGGAGAAAGGAAUUUCACAGAUCUGCUACUUACUAUGAAAACUAAAACACGAACAAAACUCUCUCCUUUUUCAGUUUAAACUUGUGCUCCUACUGCUAUCAUGUAAUGUGUUUUUCUCAUAAUUCUUUACUAUGAGAGUAGUGAGGUGCUGUAAAAGGCUGCCCAGAGAAGUUAUGGAUGCCCCAUCCCUGGAUUUGUUCAAGACCAGAUUGGAUAGGGCUCUGGGCAGUCUGGUCUAGUAUUAAAUGUGGAGGUUGGUCUGGGCAGCCUGGUCUAGUAUUAAAUGUGGAGGUUGGUGGCCCUGCAUGUGGCAGAGGAGUUGGAGAUUCACAGUCCUUGAGGUCCCUUCGAACCCAAGCCAUUCUUUGAUUCUAUGAUUCUAUUUCUCCCUUCCAUCAAAAAAUGUGGUUACCAAUCUGUCUUAAUACACUCUUGCCAUCCCAUACAGAAUCGCAGAAUCCCAUCCUGAUUUUUCAGACUUCUGUUACAUACUCUCUAGUACAUGAACAUGGUGUGAACAGGAUCAGCCAGCUUGUCCUUUUCCUUUUGGAGUUGCAUCACUUGCUUUAUCUCCCUGACUUAUUCUUACAGUCAGUUAUAGAGAGAUCCUAAACAGUAGUUUUAAACUAUAUACCUGAUUUUCAGACAUUUACUAACUGGAAGGAGUUCAAUCUGUUCUCUGUGUUGUUUUGU